AUGGGAAAAGGGGACAAUGGUCAAAAACUAGACAAUGAGAGGAGGAGGCACUUCUUCUGCAUUUGCAGAGAAAGUGAGCAACGAGCGUUGGAGAGCUUGAAGAAAGAAGUAGAUGAUCCCUCGGAUCUUCUCUCUUCUUGGGUUGUUGGAAAAGAUUGUUGCAAAUGGGAAGGGGUCGUGUGCGACCAUCUGACUCGUCAUGUGAUUGAGCUACACAUAAUUAGUGAUUGGGAAGAAUCGAGCUAUGUACGUAUCAAUAGCCUUGAGUGGCUGCCAAGUCUUUUGAGUCUUGAGCACUUGGAGAUACAUUAUGUGGAUCUUAGCAGUGCAACUAAUUGGCUACAGGUCAUUAACAUGCUUCCUUCUCUUGUUCGUCUUUAUUUAUCCAAUUGUGGUCUUCAUCAUAUGACACCUCUACUUCAUCACAAUUUUUCUUCACUUGAGACCCUCGAUCUUUCCGAGAACAACUUUAAUUCUCCUGUUCCCAAUUGGGUUUUCAACCUCGCCAGUCUCGUUUAUCUUGAUUUGAGUAGUAGUAAUUUUACUGGCCCGUUUCCUGACGGUCCAGUUAACUUGACUUCUCUCACAGCCUUCAUGGCUUAUUAUAACUCUUUCAAUUGUCUUUUACCCAAAUGGUUGUUUGAUCUAAGUAAUCUUGAAUAUAUUGAUCUCCAUGGGAGUGGACUUGAAGGUGCGAUUCCGAGUAAGAGCGAAAAUAUAACAAAACUUAAAUUUCUUGAUCUUUCUCAUAAUAUGCUUUCUGGAAAGUUUACAAAUCUAAUUGUAAAGUUAAAGAAAUUAGGAUAUCUUGGUCUCUCAAAUAAUCUAUUUGAUGGGGAAGUAUCUGAAAUGGGAAAUAGUUCUUCUCUGAGUCAUUUGUAUCUAGACCACAAUAAACUCACUGGAACUUUCCCAAAAAGUCUUGGUAAACUUUCAGCGCUAGAAGACUUUUCCAUCAGUCACAAUAGGUUGGAAGGUGUUGUAACAGAAAGUCAUUUCUCUGAAUUAACACAACUAACGGACUUCAGUGCAUCUAGAAAUAAUCUAACUUUAAAAGUGAGUGAAAAUUGGAUUCCACCUUUUCAAGCCAUGUACAUUGUCAUAGGUGGCUGGAAUAUAGGCCCUCUGUUUCCCAUGUGGCUCCGAACUCAAAAGAUGAUGAUGUAUGUUGACAUAUCAGAUGGUGGAAUACAAGGUGAGGUUCCAGCUUGGUUUUGGAACUUGGCUUCUCAAAUUCGACUUCUCAAUCUUUCUCACAACCAAUUUGUUGGUGAGGUUCCAAACAUCUCAAUACCUUCUGGGUUAGUUGGAAAUGAAGUUGGUCCUUGGUCCAUUGACUUGAAUUCCAACAAAUUUAGUGGGCCACUACCGUUGAUUCCAACCACUGUAGUUGAGCUAGAUCUCUCAUACAAUUCUUUUUCAAAAGGUUUAUCUAACUUUUUGUGUGAAGGAAAAAAUGAAUCUUAUAAAUUGGUGAUCUUAAACCUCGGGGAAAACUAUUUAUCAGAAGAAAUUCCUGAUUGUUGGAUGAAUUGGCCAAAUUUGACAGUUUUAAUCUUGAGGGACAAUAACUUGAUUGGAGGCAUACCAGGAUCCAUGAAGGUUUUGAGUAAUUUGAAAUCCUUGGACUUCCGAAGAAAUAGACUUAAUGGUCCAUUUCCUUCAUCCUUGGGAAACUGCACAAAACUGCAUAAAAUAGAUUUAGCUGAGAAUGAGUUUGUUGGGAAAUUACCUUCUUGGUUGGGAUUGAGGUUUCCAACCUUGGUAGUUCUUAUCCUUCGGUCCAAUAAAUUCGAUGGUGAAUUGCCUCAAGAACUUUGUCACCUCAAAGAUCUUCAGAUCUUAGACCUUGCAAACAAUACAUUCAUUGGAAUCAUACCAAGGUGUAUUAGCAAUUUCAGUGCAAUGGUCAAAGGAAAAGCGGAAGUGGAAUAUUAUGAGUUAAAUUAUGCCCAUUAUUGGGCAUUUCUGAUAGAGAGCGCAAUGGUGAUGACUAAAGGCAACAUGUAUCAAUAUGACACCAUUUUGAAGUUGUUUACAAGUAUGGAUAUGUCUAGCAAUUAUCUUUCUGGACAUAUUCCUAUAAGUCUAACACGUCUUGAAGGAUUAAGAUCAUUUAAUUUUUCCAAAAAUAACCUAACUGGUGGGAUUCCAAAUGGUAUUGGCGACAUGAAAGCUUUGGAAUCUGUUGAUCUUUCAGAAAAUCAAUUUUAUGGUCAAAUCCCACAAAGCUUUUCGAGUUUGUUCACUUUGAGCUACUUGAAUCUAUCUGAUAAUAAUUUAUCAGGUAUGAUACCAUUGAGCACUCAGCUUCAAAGCUUUGAUCCCACUAGUUUUCAAGGAAACAAACUCUGCGGGCUUCCACUCUUGGUGAACUGCAGUUCAGGUGGUAAAACUCCAAAUCAUGAGUAUGAAAAAGAUGAGAAUGACAAAGAUGAAGUGGAUUGGUUCUACAUUUCAAUGGCAAUAGGAUUUUCACUAAGCUUUUGGGGUGUAUGUGGUUCAUUGCUCUUUAAGAGAUCAUGGAGACAUGCUUAUUUUCGUUUCUUAGACUGUAGCUGGGAAUGGUUGCUUGCAAAGGCUCCGAUAUGUUGA